AUGGAUCUUUCAGUCUUGCCAAAUAACAAUCAUCCUGACAAAUUUCUUCGCUUAGACGUAAAGAAUUUAAUAGCAAAUUCUGCAGUUCUACAGGGCAGACAAUGGCAUAAUAAGGUUUAUUUACAGAAGCACAAGAGUAUCAACGAACCUUUUUAUUCUUCAAAUGAGGAACUUCCAGGGUUUAUUGACAAAGAACUGAUUGGACACAUCACUCCUGAAAUCUUGACAUCUACCAUUAAAAGCAAUCCUUUGUACUUGGAUGCUGGGAAGGAGGAUAGAAAGGAAGAAAAUAAGAAACAACCUUCAUGGACCAUUCAGGAUUACGACAGACAUUCUCAAAACCCCAAGUUUUCACUUUACUUAAAGGAAAACCCAAAUGACUUACAGUACUGGCUGGAAGAUAUUUACACACCUGGCUAUGACUCACUAUUAAAAAAGAAAGAAAAAGAAAAAAAACACCUAAAAUACUGUAAAAUUGUCAUGUUCUGUGCAUUGAUUUGUUCUAUUUUUAUUGCCAUAGUAACUGUUAUUUGUUUAUUCACUUGA